ACUUCGACGAGGAUGGGAUUCGAACCCACGCGUGCAGAGCACAAUGGAUUAGCAGUCCAUCGCCUUAACCACUCGGCCACCUCGUCCAGUAUUCAAUACUUGACGUCAUAUUCCUAAUUAUACAUUCUCGGACAGGACGUGUAUGAGUGUAGUUAUAGUCUGUCGUGUUUGUUCUGGAGGUCCAGAGAUCGUAUAUUCCACAUUGUUGGUCAGAUAAUUACGACAUAAAGUGUAUCGAAAAGUCCGGCGCAAGUACUUCGUGAUUGGUUAAUGUUUCUAUCAACCACAAUAUACAAGCUGUCAUUGGGUGAGGGGCGGAUCUAACGUUGAAUGAACACAGGAAGUCUACAGCGUGAGACUGCAAUUUGAUGUUCGCCGGAGCUAUUGCAGGAAAGAAGGUAACAAGCUGUUGAUUCAUUAUUGUCAUUGUUAAAUCUCAGUCUAAAGAUGGUGGACUCCCAAUACUACCUCCCAAAUGACAUCGGUGUCUCUGCACUUGACUGCCGCGAGGCUUUCCGUUUGCUUUCACCUCAGGAAAAGAUGUACGCACACUACCUGUCACGCGCUGCUUGGUACGGUGGUCUGGCAGUGUUGCUGCAGACUUCCCCAGAGUCUGCAAAUAUCUUUGUCUUGCUGCAGAGGAUCUUCAGGAUGCAGACGCCUGCACAGCUAGAACAGGUCGCCACAGCAGCUGGACUCAGUGCUGAGGAGUACCAGGCCUUCUUAGUAUAUGCAGCUGGUCUGUAUGCCAACAUGGGGAACUACAAAUCCUUUGGAGACACCAAGUUCAUCCCAAACCUGCCUAAGGACAGUCUGUUUGCUUUGGUGAAGGCCAGCAAGGCAUUCCAGGAGCAUCCCGCUGAGGUAGAGGCUCUGUGGGACAGCUGCUCGUAUCUUCUCUACUCUCUGGAAGACCGACAGAAACAGCUGGGGCUAGGCCACAAGGGAAUUACCACCUACUUCUCAGGAAACUGCUCUCUAGAGGAUGCUGAGCUGGCUCAGAAGUUCCUGGACUCGAAAAAACUGUCUGCCUACAACACCCGUCUGUUCAAGAGGCAGAACGGAGGUAAAGCCUGCUAUGAGGUGCGCUUGGCUUCAGCCGUGCAGAAAGACUGUGCAGUGGAUGGGGAAUGUGAGUCCUGCUGUGGCAGCUUCAACUUUGAAGACAAAGAGUUCACUGUGAAGAGGGGAGACUAUGCUCCUCUUAUGGAGAAAGUCAGCUAUUGCCUCCAGCAAGCACAGGCCUAUGCUGCCAAUGAGAACCAGAGAAAGAUGCUGGAGGAGUACAGGCGCAGCUUCACUUUGGGCUCUGUUGAAGCCCAUAAGGAGGGCUCGCGCUACUGGAUCAAAGACAAGGGACCAAUUGUUGAGAGUUAUAUUGGUUUCAUAGAGAGCUACAGGGACCCAUUUGGCUCCAGAGGAGAGUUUGAAGGUUUCGUUGCUGUUGUGAACAAAGCAAUGAGUGAACGUUUUGCCAAACUAGUGAGCUCAGCAGAAGUGUUGCUCCCUGAGCUGCCUUGGCCCCGGGAGUUUGAGAAGGACACUUUCCUUAAACCUGACUUCACCUCACUGGAUGUGCUCACCUUUGCGGGGAGCGGAAUCCCAGCUGGCAUCAACAUCCCCAACUAUGACGACAUCAGACAGUCAGAGGGCUUUAAAAACGUGUCACUAGGAAACGUGCUGGCUGUAGCCUACGCUACACAAAAAGAAAAGCUCACUUUCCUGGAAGAAGAGGACAAGGAUUUGUUUAUCAAGUGGAAGGGACCGUCAUUCGAGGUGCAGGUUGGACUUCAUGAGCUGCUGGGACAUGGAAGUGGCAAGCUGUUUGUGCAGGAUGACAAGGGCAAUUUCAACUUUGACAAGAGUAAGGUGACCAACCCAGAGACUGGAGAACCGGUGUCCAGUUGGUAUCGGGGCAGCGAGACGUGGGACAGUAAAUUCUCUACGAUUGCUUCCUCUUAUGAGGAAUGCCGUGCUGAGUGUGUCGGACUCUAUCUGUGUCUCAACAAGCAAGUUAUCAGUAUUUUUGGUCAUGAGGACCAGGAUGCAGGGGAUGUCGUGUACGUCAACUGGCUCAGCAUGGUCAGAGCUGGACUGUUGGGCUUGGAGUUCUACACACCUGAGAGCAAGAGCUGGAGACAGGCUCACAUGCAGGCUCGUUUCGUCAUCCUGCGUGUUCUGCUGGAGGCUGGGGAGGGCCUGGUGGGUCUGGAGGAAGUGACGGGACACGACGGCAAACCUGAUGCUCGAAUCACUCUGGACCGAAGCAAGAUCCACACUGUGGGCAAGAACGCCAUCCACAGGUUCCUUUGUAAACUGCAGAUCUUGAAGUCCACAGCAGAUGUGGAAGGAGGUCGUGCUCUCUAUGACGACUACUCCACUGUGAGCGACAGCGGUGCACACAACUUCUUGCGUCUCCAGGAGACAGUGCUGCUGAGGAAGGAAGCUCGGAAGAUGUUUGUUCAGGCCAAUACCAAAGUUAAUGGGGACAGCAUAGAGCUGGUGGAAUAUGAAGGCAGUGCAGCCGGUUUGAUUCACUCCUUCACUGAGCGCUUCCAAGAUGACGCAGAGCAGCUGGAGGACCAACUUUUGGAGAUGAGCAAAAGAGAUGCCAUAUGCUGGUGUUAAUGGAUGAACAAUCUGCUCCAUAGGCUUCAAGAAUACCAACUGAAAUCAGAUUUCUUAUUUAACCAUAUGUGAAAGCAGACUGAUUCUUGAUGGAUGUUAAAACACACAACUGUAAAAUGAUCCAAAUCUUGUUAACCUACUACAAAUAAAGCCAUAAGACUAGUACAGAUCUGCCAAAGACAACAGCCACAGUUUUUCCAGCAGCAGUCCAAUGUCAGGUCUGUCUUUGAUAACAGGAUCAAAAAACAACACCAUCACUCUUUUAGAUGCAUUUAGGAAACCUAUUAAUUUUUCUAAAGAGAUGUAUUAAGAAUUGUCCAUUAAACCAGUGCUGCAGGACAAUAAAGAUGGUUUCAGAGUA